CGGCGGCCUCACGUGACCGCUCACUAUGGCUUCCCUGUGCCGGGGCCAGCGGGCCGGCGCCUUGGUGUGAUUUGUUAGUUCUUGGCGGCAGGCUACCUCUCUCACGAUUUCGACAUGCAAAAAAUCAAAUCGCUUAUGACCCGACAGGGUCUGAAAAGUCCUCCAGAGAGCCUUAGUGAUCUUGGUGCCAUUGAGAGUCUCCGAGUCCCUGGAAAGGAGGAAUUCCGAGAACUUCGAGAACAGCCUAGUGACCCUCAAGCUGAACAAGAACUAAUCAAUAGCAUUGAACAAAUAUAUUUUUCUACAGACUCAUUUGAUAUUGUUAAAUAUGAGCUGGAGAAGCUCCCUCCUGUUCUUAAUUUGCAAGAAUUAGAGGAGUACAGAGACAAAUUGAAACAACAACAAGCUGCCGUCUCUAAAAAAGUAGCAGAUUUAAUCCUUGAGAAGCAACCUGCUUAUGUAAAGGAACUUGAAAGAGUUACUUCGUUACAGACAGGUCUUCAGUUAGCUGCUGUUAUCUGCACCAAUGGGAGGAGACACUUGAAUAUCGCAAAGGAAGGUUUUACUCAAGCUAGUUUAGGCCUUCUUGCAAAUCAAAGGAAACGUCAGUUGCUGAUUGGACUUCUGAAAUCUCUGAGAACAAUAAAAACAUUGCAAAGAACAGAUGUGCGCUUAAGUGAAAUGCUAGAGGAGGAAGACUAUCCAGGAGCUAUUCAGUUGUGCCUGGAAUGUCAGAAAGCUGCCAGCACUUUUAAACAUUACAGUUGCAUAAGUGAACUGAAUUCAAAGCUGCAAGAUACUUUAGAACAAAUUGAGGAACAGUUGGAUGUGGCUCUUUCUAAAAUCUGCAAGAAUUUUGACAUUAAUCAUUAUACCAAAGUUCAACAAGCCUAUCGACUUCUUGGAAAAACACAGACAGCAAUGGAUCAACUUCAUAUGCACUUCACUCAAGCCAUUCAUAAUACUGUGUUCCAAGUUGUUCUUGGUUAUGUGGAACUAUGUGCAGGAAACACAGAUACAAAAUUCCAAAAGCUGCAAUAUAAGGAUCUCUGUACACACAUUACAGCAGACAGCUAUAUUCCAUGCCUUGCCGACUUGUGCAAAGCACUGUGGGAAGUUAUGCUGAGCUAUUAUAGGACUAUGGAAUGGCAUGAAAAACAUGACAAUGAGGAUACCACUUCUACUUCUGAAGGGAGUAAUAUGAUGAGUACUGAAGAAGCUAAUUUUGAUAUUGGCUACAUUAAAAAGAAAUUAGAACAUGGACUUACACGAAUAUGGCAGGAUGUUCAGCUAAAAGUAAAAACCUACUUGCUUGGAACUGACUUGUCUAUAUUUAAAUAUGAUGAUUUCAUCUUUGUUUUGGAUAUAAUCAGCAGGUUGAUGCAAGUUGGAGAAGAAUUUUGUGGUAGCAAAUCUGAAGUUUUGCAAGAAUCUAUUAGAAAGCAAAGUGUCAAUUAUUUUAAGAACUACCACAGAACACGGCUUGAUGAAUUGAGAAUGUUUCUAGAGAAUGAGACCUGGGAACUUUGUCCUGUUAAGUCAAAUUUCAGCAUCUUACAACUUCAUGAAUUUAAAUUCAUGGAACAGUCUCGUUCCCCAUCAGUUUCACCUAGUAAGCAGCCAGCCUCAACCUCCUCAAAAACAGAGACAUUGUUUGAGCAGUACUGUAGUGGUGGGAAUCCAUUUGAAAUUCAUGCCAACCACAACGAUGAAGAAACAGAAGAUGUUCUGGCUUCUAAUGGGUAUGAAUCUGAUGAACAGGAAAAAAGUGCCUAUCAGGAGUAUGACAGUGACAGCGAUGUUCCUGAGGAACUAAAGCGCGAUUAUGUGGAUGAGCAGACAGGCGAUGCUCCUGUGAAAAGCUUUUCUCGAGAAACCCUAAAGAGCAGGAAGAAAUCAGAUUACAGUCUAAAUAAAGUAAAUGCACCCAUCUUAACAAAUACAACACUGAAUGUAAUAAGACUUGUCGGUAAAUAUAUGCAGAUGAUGAACAUUCUCAAGCCAAUUGCCUUUGAUGUCAUUCAUUUCAUGUCUCAGCUAUUUGAUUAUUACUUAUACGCAGUAUAUACCUUUUUUGGUCGGAAUGAUUCAUUGGAAUCAACGGGACUAGGCCUUAGCAGUAGUAGACUAAGAACAACUCUAAACAGAAUACAAGAGAGCCUUAUUGAUAUGGAAGUUUCAGCUGAUCCUACUGCCACGCUCACAGCAACAGAAGAGAGAAAGGAGAAGGUUCCGAGCCCACACCUCAGUCACCUAGUGGUUUUGACCUCGGGGGAUACAUUGUAUGGGUUGGCAGAAAGAGUGGUAGCCACAGAAUCCUUGGUAUUCUUGGCCGAACAAUUUGAGUUCCUUCAGCCGCAUCUGGAUGCGGUGAUGCCUGCGGUGAAAAAGCCCUUUCUUCAGCAGUUUUAUUCUCAGACAGUCUCAACUGCCAGUGAACUACGCAAACCAAUUUACUGGAUUGUAGCUGGUAAAGCCAUUGAUUAUGAGCAGAUGCUGCUCCUGAUGGCUAACGUGAAAUGGGAUGUAAAGGAGAUUAUGUCCCAGCACAACAUCUACGUGGAUGCAUUGUUAAAGGAAUUCGAGCAGUUUAACAGGAGAUUAAAUGAGGUUUCUAAGAGAGUUCGGAUACCCUUGCCCGUGUCUAAUAUACUUUGGGAACAUUGUAUACGACUGGCUAAUAGAACUAUUGUGGAAGGAUAUGCCAACGUCAAGAAGUGUAGUAAUGAGGGUCGUGCCUUGAUGCAAUUGGAUUUUCAACAGUUUUUAAUGAAACUUGAAAAACUAACAGAUAUUAGACCCAUUCCUGAUAAAGAAUUUGUGGAAACCUAUAUUAAAGCCUACUACCUUACCGAGAAUGACAUGGAGCGCUGGAUCAAAGAGCACAGGGAGUACUCAACGAAGCAGCUGACCAAUCUGGUUAAUGUUUGCCUGGGAUCCCAUAUCAAUAAAAAAGCAAGACAGAAACUUCUAGCAGCUAUAGAUGAUAUAGACAGACCUAAAAGAUAAUGAACACAGUUCUCUUUCCUCAAUGCCGUUGAUCUUCUCUCAACACGUAUGGCAUGGAAGCCAACUUUCCAUGCCCUCCUGACAACCGUCUGCUGAGAAUACCUUGUGCAUGUCCUUUCCAACUGGAAAGCGGAAAACACUGAAGUUUGUGUGUUUCUGAAAUGACUUUUAUAUGCUCUGAUCUCUUCUUUUCAACUUUCAGUCUCAUUGUUUGCAUUCCUUUCCUGAAAUGAUGUUAUUGCCUUGUUAUAACUAUUGUUAUAUGAUUAUCAUUACACAUUUUACAGAAGAAUGGACUGUAAGUAAAUAAUUAUAGGAACUGUGACAACCUAGCCAUAGGCAGUUUUCAGAGAAUGAAUUUAUGUUGACAUUUUUCUACCCUCUGACUUGGUUCUUAAUAAGCAUAAUAUUAGAGGGUUAAUGUACAGUAUCUCCUAAUUAUGAGCACUGCACGAGAACUGAGAAGUACAUGUAAGCAAAAUAGUUGAGAAAUAAGUAUGUUCUCUGUGUUUUCAAAUGUGAGUUUGUCAGGUUUAAAUUGGUUGUAAUACAGUGAUCAUACAUGGUGAAAUUUAAUAAAUGGUACACUCCAACAUGACCAGCCAGUGUGAGACUAUAUUUUGAUAUUUUUCCACAGCAGGCAGAUUUCAUGAAUGUACAACGGAUUUUCUUUGCAUGCUCUAACUUUAGUCAUCUUAUGUCCUGAAACCAAUGGUGAAAAGUGAUUUCACUAGAUAUAACUUUUCAGUACCUGAACAGCACACAGAAUGGUGAUUAUGGGAUUAAAAAAAAAGUGACUUUUUUUAUAUCCA